UUACAUAUAUGUGCCUACCUGUUUUCUCAUACAUCUAGGAUUUAUCCAGGCUCGUUUUCCCAUCACGCAUAGGAUGCGAGUAAGAGGGUUCAAGCCUUUAAUCCACCUACUUACUCCCCCCUACUUCUUGAGAUAACCUCUGUGACACGCAUAGACUUAGCCAUUUACCCACCCAAUACGCUUCCAAUAAUACCCUUCUUCUUUACUUAAACCACUUACAUCUAUAUCGGCACUCAUCACCGCAGCCAUGACAGCAGAGAAAGACAGCCUCGAGAUUAGCCAACUUCCACCGGUGGCAGUACCGGGACCGGGACCAGGACCAGACCACUCGCACGAUGUGCAGGACAACAAGCUAGAACCUCACCCGGACUCCAUCGAUCCGGUCAUGCCUGGUAGACAGGUCCUCCUUCGACACCAGCGUGUGCUACUCGCGCCUGUGACUCCGGCCCCAACUAUGAUUGCUGCGACUCAGUCGAGUGAGAAGAGUCAGGUGAAUGGACGCUCACUCGUGGGAAGCAGGAUGUCGUUGAAGAUGGAGCACAUGCGGGAUGUAUGGGCUGAUCUCAAGCGCAGAGUCACUCCACAGCAGUACCCCCGCGCGUGGCUUCUCUUCCUGGCCAUCAUUACUACCGCGACCGGUGCUAUCAUCGUGAUUCUGCGUGUAGCUGGAUGGUGCGGCAUCGCCGCCGAGGCGAUACACCACCUAACCUUGGCCAACGAGGCGACGGCCACUACGAUCGUACUACCUGCGCCCCCGAAUCUAGAGGUUGCUGGAGGGAUUGAUGUCACGAGCACAGGCAAGGAGGGCGAUCUGUUGAGUCUAAAGCCUACGGAAUUCAAUACGGAGAUGACGGUGGGAGCGGUGACUUCGGGGACAGGCGGACGAGACGUCGUAUCGGAUCUUUCUACAGGUUCAACCCCUACUUACGAACUUACAGCGAAGACCGCUGUGGAGAGGGACCUGGCCACCACGGUUUAUGUCACUAUCACAGCCCCCCCUGAGUCGACUUCUACCUCCUCGAUUACUCCUACCUCCCUUUCCACCUCGAGCGAGGGUACGGGUACGGGUACAAGCUCAAGUUCAAUCCUGAGCCACGGUACAGCUCCGGCAAUUUCCAUGACCGCAGCACCCAUCCCCGCAUCAUCGGCGACAACUACGUCUACGAGCACAGAUGAGCCCCACAUCUACUGCCCCCAUUCCGAGCGCCCUUUAGUCUGGACGCCCUGCGUCGAUCACCCGACUUCAGAUGCGUCUUACGGUGUAGCGAAUCCCUUUUCAACUGUAUGUCGUGUUCUAGUAGCCCUGUGGAAGACGGCUACGGGUUAUGGAAGCAAGAAAUCGGUGUGA